GUUGCUGUGUUCCCACAGCGUGUUGUGUUUGGGGGAAGCUCUGAAGCGGAGACUCAGUCUGAGGUUAAAGAGCUGUCAAGUCUCUACUCCGGUCUUCAUGAGCUGCCAGCAAAAGUCAAACAUUUCUGAUGUCAGCUUAAAUGUGCUUCGGUAAGCACAUCAUGACAUUCCACCAAGAGGAAAGUUAAGCUGCUGAAAGGUGUGAUCAUAUAAGAAUAUGGCAUCCAGAAGACAUUCUGCGACUCAGCAAACAUCAUCUGGUACCCUCCACAUGAAUACAUCUCACAGACAAAUGCAGAAACGCAGGAAGGAGAGAAAUCACUACUGCUUGGAAUGUGGACAGAGUUUUGCUGCACAGAGUGCUCUCAAAAUACACCAGCGCAUCCACACAGGAGAGAAACCCUAUCACUGCUUAGAGUGUGGACAGAGUUUUACUCAACAGAGUAAUCUCCAAAACCACCAGCGCAUUCACACAGGAGAGAAACCGUAUCAGUGCUCAGAGUGUGGACAGAGUUUUAGUCAACAGAGUAAUCUCCAAAACCACCAGCGCAUCCACACAGGAGAGAAGCUGUAUCACUGCUCAGACUGUGGACAGCGUUUUACUCAACAGAGUAAUCUGAAAACACACCAGCGCAUCCACACAGGAGAGAAGCCGUAUCACUGCUCAGAGUGUGGACAGAGUUUUACUCAGCAGAGUACUCUCAAAAUACACCAGCGCACUCACACAGGAGAGAAGCCGUAUUACUGCUCAGAGUGUGGACAGAGUUUUACUCAACAGAGUAAUCUCAAAAGACACCAGCGCAUUCACGCAGGAGAGAAACCGUAUCAGUGCUUAGAGUGUGGGAAGAGUUUUUCUGCACAGAGUGCUCUCAAAACACACCAGCGCAUCCACACAGGAGAGAAGCCGUAUCCCUGCUCUGAGUGUGGGAAGCGUUUUACUGAACAGGGUCAUCUCAAAAACCACCAGCGCAUCCACACAGGAGAGAAGCCGUAUUGCUGCUCAGAGUGUGGGAAGAGUUUUACUAAACAGAGUACUCUCCAAAGCCAUCAGCGCAUCCACACAGGAGAGAAGCCACAUCACUGCUCAGAGUGUGGGAAGAGUUUUAGUAAACGGAGUCAUCUCAAAAUACACCAGCGCAUCCACACAGGAGAGAAGCCAUAUCAUUGCUCAGAGUGUGGGAAGAGUUUUAGAAAACAGAGUAAUCUCCAAAACCACCAGGCUGUUCACACAGGAGAGAAGCCGUAUCACUGCUCAGAGUGUGGGAAGAAUUUUGCUCAACAGAGUACUCUCCAAAACCAUCUGCGCAUCCACACAGGAGAGAAACCGUAUUACUGCUCAGAGUGUGGGAGGAGUUUUACUCAACAGAGUAAUCUCCAAAAACACAAACAAAUGCAGAAACACAGGAAGGAGAGAAAUCACUACUGCUUGGAAUGUGGAAAGAGUUUUGCUGCACAGAGUACUCUCAAAACACACCAACGCAUCCACACAGGAGAGAAGCCGUAUCACUGCUCAGAGUGUGGACAGAGUUUUACUCAACAGAGUAAUCUCAAAACACACCAGCGCAUUCACACAGGAGAGAAACCGUAUAACUGCUCAGAGUGUGGGAAGAGUUUUAUUGACAAGAGUGCUCUCAAAAUACACCAACGCAUCCACACAGGAGAGAAACCGUAUCACUGCUCAGACUGUGGACAGAGUUUUACUCAACAGAGUAAUCUCCAAAACCACCAGCGUAUCCACACUGGAGAGAAGCCGUAUCACUGCUCAGAGUGUGGGAAGUGUUUUACUGAACAGGGUCAUCUCAAAAACCAUCAGCGCAUCCACACAGGAGAGAAGCCGUAUUGCUGCUCAGAGUGUGGGAAGAGUUUUACUAAACAGAGUACUCUCCAAAGCCAUCAGCGCAUCCACACAGGAGAGAAGCCGCAUCACUGCUCAGAGUGUGGGAAGAGUUUUAAUAAACGGGGUCAUCUCAAAAUACACCAGCGCAUCCAUACAGGAGAGAAGCCAUAUCAUUGCUCAGAGUGUGGGAAGAGUUUUAGAAAACAGAGUAAUCUCCAAAGUCACCGGGUUAUUCACACAGGAGAGAAGCGGCAUCACUGCUCAGAGUGUGGGAAGAAUUUUGCUCAACAGAGUACUCUCCAAAACCACCUGCGCAUCCACUCAGGAGAGAAACCGUAUUACUGCUCAGAGUGUGGGAGGAGUUUUACUCAACAGAGUAAUCUCCAAAAACACAAUGCUCUCAAAAUACACCAGCGCAUCCACACAGGAGAGAAGCCGUAUCACUGCUCAGAGUGUGGACAGAGUUUUACUCAACAGAGUACUCUCCAAAACCACCAGCGCAUUCACACAGGAGAGAAGCUGUAUCACUGCUCAGAGUGUGGACAGAGGUUUACUCAACAGAGUAAUCUGAAAUCACACCAGCGCAUUCACACUGGAGAGAAGCCGUAUCACUGCUCAGAGUGUGGACAGAGUUUUACUCAACAGAGUACUCUCAAAAUACACCAGCGUACUCACACAGGAGAGAAACCGUAUCACUGCUCGGAGUGUGGACAGAGUUUUACUCAACAGAGUAAUCUCAAAACACACCAGCGCAUCCACACAGGAGAGAAGCCGUAUCACUGCUCGGAGUGUGGACAGAGUUUUACUGCACAGAGUCAUCUCAAAACACACCAGCGCAUCCACACAGGAGAGAAGCCGUAUCACUGCUCAGAGUGCGGGAAGACUUUUACGGAACAGGGUCAUCUUAAAAACCACAAGCGCAUCCACACAGGAGAGAAGCCGUAUUGCUGCUCAGAGUGUGGGAAGAGUUUUACUAAACAGAGUACUCUCCAAAGCCAUCAGCGCAUCCACACAGGAGAGAAGCCGCAUCACUGCUCAGAGUGUGGGAAGAGUUUUAAUAAACGGAGUCAUCUCAAAAUACACCAGCGCAUCCACACAGGAGAGAAGCCAUAUCACUGCUCAGAGUGUGGGAAGAGUUUUAGAAAACAGAGUAAUCUCCAAAACCACCAGGUUAUUCACACAGGAGAGAAGCGGCAUCACUGCUCAGAGUGUGGGAAGAAUUUUGCUCAACAGAGUACUCUCCAAAACCACAAGCGCAUCCACACAGGAGAGAAACCAUAUUACUGCUCAGAGUGUGGGAGGAGUUUUACUCAACAGAGUAAUCUCCAAAAACACAAGUGCACUAAGAGCUAUGGUGGAAAUCAGCAGUAAUGAGUAACCUUAACACAUUCCAGGUGAGAAAGUCUACAGGAAUUGUGAUUCUAGGCCAGAUUUCAGUCUGUUUUUUGGGGAAAACCACCUCUUUUGUUUUACACAGUUUCUAAAACAUAAGUAUUAAAUGGAAUGUAAUUUCCUCUACUGACCACCAAGUCCAACCUAAAGCUCAUUCACCCAAUGAGAAGGUGUGGUAUUGCAUAUUCUCCUCAAAAUGUCCACACUGCUCAUGCUGUUGAUGCCACUCAAGAGACUUGACAUUCAAUAAUAAGAGGUUCUUUUCUUUCUAAUUUAGCAGUUCUAAGCUAGUAUAGUGUUUCUGAUGCAGUGGUGGAUGUAUGAACAAGCAUUUACCAGACUGCUUGGCUUUUUAUCAUCUUUAUCUUUAUAUACAUAAAAGAGCAAGAAUGAUAUAUACACUCACCUGCCACUUUAGGUACACCUUGCUAGUAAAAUGUUGGACCCCCUUUUGUCUUC